GAUAUAACCUGCUCUAUGACUAAUAUUAUAAUCGACCAACAGAUUAUUUUAAUAUACAUUUUUAUAUACCCUGAAGACGAGCAACAGAGGGAGAAUAUAGCGGCCAAGAACGCCCUGGAGUCCUACGCCUUCAACAUGAAGAGCAGCCUGCGGGAGGACAACCUGAAGGACAGAGUGAGUGAGGAGGACAGGAAGAAGGUGGAGGAGAAGUGUGAGCAGGCCAUCCUCUGGCUGGAGAACAACCAGCUAGCGGAGAAAGAGGAGUACCAACACCAGCUGAAGGAGUUGGAGAAGCUGUGUAGCCCCAUCAUCUCCAGGCUGUACCAGGUGGGAGUGCCAGCAGGCAGCUGUGGAGAGCAGGCCAGAGCUGGCUCCCAGGGGCCCACCAUCGAGGAGGUGGACUGAAGCAGACUGUUGGACUGAAUGGAAUAUGAUCAAUAUGACUGUUAUGGAUUUAAAAGGGUAUUUCUUGUUCCCCCUCCUCGUGGUUCUCUGUGUAGAGUGCGUACCAUGCCCGUGGUCCUUUGCUGCAGGUCUUCCCCUCUAUUUCUUUUACCUUUUUAUAUAUACCGGUACCAUACCUACCUGUCUAUCUCACUCUACAGUAAUAAGGAUAAAACCUUUUUUUCUUUCAAAUGCUGUAUAAUGACUGAGCACUCUGCCACAUGUUCUCAUUUGAUGUAAAUACGUUCAUGCAAGGUCAAAAAAUGACUGCAU